GUUGUUGUUGUCGUUGUCGUUUUUUUUAUUAUUCAAAUUGGAACAACAGUUAAGCUGUCACUUGUGUGUGUGUGUGUGUGUGUGGGUCUGUUUAAUAUUAUCAUCAUCAUUUUCAAAAUUAGAAUGUAGGAAUAUUCAUUUGAAUCUGUUCUACGAUCGUGCAUUUGGAAUCCUUUUGUUCAUUUCUGUUUGACGUCAGAAAGAGAAAAUUUUUAUUUUAUUUUUUUUUUUUUGACAAAAAAUAAUACGAUACGACAACACACAUUGGAUAAAUUUGAAUAAUUUCAAUUCUCUGUGAUUUGUAUUUUGUUUGUCACACAAACAACAACUACGACAAUAUUCUGAAUUUGGCAAAAAAUACGAAAAAAGAAUAAGUUUUUUUUCUCAUCUAAUCAAUCGAUUGUAAUUUCGACGACAACAAAAAUUAUUAUUUCCAUCGUAAUGGCAUCUGUUAAUGAGAAUCCGGAAUCCAAAAUGGCUGAAAAAGAAGAGGAAAGUAAAUUAAAGGCCAAAUAUCCACAAUUACAACGUCCAGGGCCACAAUUUUUGCAAAAACGUCUUCAAAAAGGACAAAAAUUUUUCGACUCAGGUGAUUAUAAUAUGGCUAAAGCAGCUGCAGCCAAAGGUGGCACACCGAAAUCUCGUCUAUCAAUGAAUCAAUCAUCAGCGGCUGGUAGUGUUGUUGGUGGUAUUGGCGGUGGACCACAACCACCAUUACCACCAACGAUUGUAGCACCGGUUACAACCGGCGAAGUGAUACCAACACCUGAUUGUCUGGCAACACGUAAAGCAUCGAUCCAUGUUCCAACCUUUUUCACACCACCUAAAACCGUCCACAUUUAUUAACCAUAAGAGAUUAGUCAGCAUCAAGCGACAUUAAUGGCUUUAUUAUUAUGUUAAAUCAAUGGCCAAACGAAUUUCGAUGAUAUUUGUUAUGAAUAUAUCUGGCUUAAAAAUUUUGCCACUCAUUACCUAUUAGUGGAUUUAGAUGAUGAACACAUUCAUUAUUCCAAGAAAAAAAAAAUUAACCAUAUAUUUCUAUACAUUGGCAAUUAUUUGGUCUUCUUUUUCCGGUCAUUUCCUCAAUCAUCAUCGACAGUUUAUAUAUUGUAAUAAUUUUUUCCGGUUAUGAA